AUGGCAUCGUCUCAGUCACCCAAGGCGACGCCUACACGGCCCGCCACGUCGCGCCUGCUGGCCAUGAAAUUCAUGAACCGGCUCGGAGGAUCUGCCGACUCCCCGCCUACGCCGUCGUCUCCGUUGGCCUCUUCGGAGCCCUCUACGCCGCUGGCCAAAUUCGCAUCGGCCGGUGCGCUCAAGGAUGCGAUCGGUGUGGACGGCCGGGGCGAUGAGAGCGGUCGACGCUCGGCAAAGAGGCGCCGGGUGUCUGGCGUCUCCGAUGCCGCCGGAAAAGACGAGCCCGAGGAUGGUGCUGCAGCUACGAUGGCUACCAUGGAAGCCCAAAUGAAGGCUUCCAUGGACGAAGAGGAGCGGCGACGCCAGGCGGCGAUCAAGAAGCGGGCAGCUGAGCUGGGCGACGAGCAGUGGACCUGGGACAGGCCGCUGCCACCGCACAUUGCCGCCCGGAUGGCAGCUGCCGGCACGGCCGCCUCCAAGUCCAGGACGAUGGCCUACUCGUCCGUCGUGCGGGUCGGGUUCGCAGAGAUCGACAGCGCCGAUCACAGCAGCGAUGCCGACCCGAUCAAGCCGACAAUCAUGCGAUUCAACAUGAAGAAAUCAAAGGCCGCUGGCGAAUCCACGGGGGACAGCGAUGAAGACGGGGAAGACGAGGGCGAGCUGGCCAAUAUCGGUGGAUCCCGAAAGCGGUCCCGGUCAGAUGCAGGAGGACAGCGGAAGAAAGGCCCGCCCAUGAAGCUGAAGCAUUUGACGUCCUUGUCGUCCCAAGGCGGCCAGAACACGAUGAAAUGCCAUCGAUGUGGUCGCGCUGGCCACAAGUCUGCCAGCUGCCCGUCGACCAACCUGAAGAGGUCAGGCUCGAAGAAGCGGUGA